AUGGCGGAGGCCUGCAACUUCGUAGCACGGGAUAACUGCUGGAAAAAAAACGUUGAAAAUGAACGAGAAGUUGCAAAAAUGUGGUAUCAGAAAUGGGGAUUCUUGAAAGGACGUCCUGAGGAGUUAAUUAAAGAUGAAAAGAAAGAAAGCACAAGGCCCAAGAUAGAGCUGCCAGAACAUCUGCGAUUUCGAUCUGUGUCACCUGUGGAAAAAUACAUUAAGGUGCUUCCAUCUCCUCCAGUACCUAAGACUACCCAGGGGUUUAUUGGAUGGAGAUCAGGUGUUCCAGAGUUGAGCCUUGAAUAUGGUUUUCAAAUCCAUAGCAGCAAAGGUACCUUUUCUAAGGAUCUGAAGUGGCCACCUGGGCCCACUGACUGA